UUCCCGCUACAGCGUGGGGCUGCGAACCGUCUACACCUGCGGCUGCUUCCCUGAGCUGUAGCACCGGUGAUCAUGGGGCAGGAACCGCGGACUCUGCCGCCCUCCCCCAACUGGUACUGCUCCCGCUGCAGCGAUGCGGUACCCGGCGGCCUCUUCGGCUUCGCGGCCCGAACCUCCGUCUUCCUUGUGCGUGUGGGCCCCGGCGCGGGCGCGAGCCCUGGGACGCCCCCUUUUCGAGUUGUAGGAGAGUUGGUGGGACACAGCGAGAGGGUCUCGGGCUUCACGUUUUCUCAUCAUCCUGGUCAGUACAACCUCUGUGCCUCCAGCUCCGAUGAUGGGACUGUGAAAAUCUGGGAUGUAGAGACAAGAGCAGUUGUGACGGAACAUGCGCUCCAUCAGCAUACAAUCUCAGCACUGCAUUGGUCUCCUCGAGUAAAGGACUUAAUAGUCUCUGGGGAUGAGAAAGGAGUAGUUUUCUGUUACUGGCUUAACAGAAAUGAUAGCCAGCACCUCUUUAUAGAACCCAGGGCAAUCUUCUGUCUUACUUGCUCACCUCAUCAUGAAGAUUUAGUGGCCAUUGGCUACAAGGAUGGCAUUGUGGUCAUAAUGGACAUCAGUAAGAAAGGAGAAGUGAUUCACAGGCUUCGAGGCCACGAUGAUGAGAUCCACUCCAUAGCCUGGUGCCCUCUGCCUGGUGAAGACUGUUUAUCCCUGAGCCAAGAGGAAAACUCAGAAGAACCUGACAUUCACAAUGGGAAAGGUGUAGCACAAACUCCACUGUCAAAAGGCUGCUACUUAGCCACUGGAAGCAAAGAUCAGACCAUUCGAAUCUGGAGCUGCUCUAGAGGCCGAGGGGUAAUGAUUUUGAAAUUGCCCUUUCUGAAGAGAAGAGGAGGGGGAAUAGACCCAACUGUUAAGGAGCGCCUGUGGUUGACACUCCAUUGGCCCAGUAAUCAGCCCACACAGCUGGUGUCCAGCUGUUUUGGAGGCGAACUGCUGCUCUGGGAUCUCAACCAGUCAUGGAGACGGAGAUAUACCCUCUUUGGCACUUCAUCAGAAGGGCAGAACCACUCCAGAAUUGUGUUUAAUUUAUGUCCUUUACAAACUGAGGAUGACAGACAGCUGCUACUUUCCACGUCCAUGGAUAGAGAUGUAAAAUGUUGGGACAUGGCCACACUGGAGUGCAGCUGGACCCUGCCUUCCCUUGGUGGGUUUGCCUACAGUCUGGCCUUCUCUCCUGUGGACACGGGCUGCUUGGCAAUAGGUGUUGGGGAUGGCAUGAUCCGCGUCUGGAAUACACUCUCCAUUAAGAACAACUAUGACGUGAAAAGUUUUUGGCAAGGUGUCAAGUCCAAGGUUACAUCACUGUGCUGGCACCCAAACAAGGAAGGUUGCUUAGCUUUUGGAACUGAUGAUGGAAAAGUGGGAUUGUAUGACACCUACUCCAGCAAACCUCCACAGAUUUCCAGCACAUAUCAUAAGAAGACUGUGUACACACUAGCCUGGGGGCCACCAGUACCCCCCAUGUCACUUGGAGGAGAAGGAGACAGACCCUCCCUCACUUUAUACAGCUGUGGCGGGGAGGGGAUUGUCCUGCAGCAUAACCCCUGGAAGCUUAGUGGAGAAGCAUUUGACAUCAACAAACUCAUCAGGGACACCAACUCAAUCAAAUACAAAUUGCCUGUACACACAGAGAUCAGCUGGAAAGCAGAUGGCAAAAUCAUGGCUCUUGGCAAUGAAGAUGGAUCAAUAGAAAUAUUUCAAGUUCCUAACUUGAAACUGAUCUGCACCAUCCAGCAGCAUCACAAGCUUGUGAAUACGAUCAGCUGGCAUCAUGAGCAUGGCAGCCAGCCAGAGCUGAGCUAUCUGAUGGCCUCUGGCUCCAACAAUGCAGUCAUUUAUGUGCACAACCUGAAGACUGUCAUAGAGAACAACCCUGAGUCACCAGUGACCAUUACAGAGCCCUACCGGACUCUCUCAGGGCACACAGCCAAGAUUACCAGGCUGGCAUGGAGCCCGCAUCACGACGGAAGGCUGGUGUCUGCUUCCUAUGAUGGUACAGCCCAGGUGUGGGAUACCCUCCGAGAGGAGCCGCUCUGCAACUUCCGAGGACAUCGAGGUCGGCUGCUCUGUGUGGCUUGGUCCCCACUGGAUCCUGAUUGCAUCUACUCCGGGGCAGAUGACUUCUGUGUGUACAAAUGGCUCCCUUCCAUGCAAGAUCACUCUCGGCCUCCUCAAGGCAAGAAAAGUAUUGAAUUAGAGAAAAAACGGCUCUCUCAACCUAAACCAAAGCCUAAAAAGAAGAAAAAACCCACCAUGAGAGCACCUGUAAAGCAAGAAAUGUUGGAUGGGACUGAAGAAGAAAGUAAGGACAACUCAGACCCUGUGGAGAACGGCGUGUCGGACGCGGAGGGGGAGGAGGACGCCCAGGAUCCAGAGCCGCCCUGCAGCCCCGCUUCCGCUUCUGUGGUUUCUAGAGAACCAGUGGUCUGCACUGCAGUGUCCUCAGGUGUUGAAAAGUCUAAAGGCAGCAUUAUUAACAAAAUGUCUUUACUGAAAAAGGAGCCACCUAAAGAGAAGCCAGAAGCCUUGAUCAAAAAGAGAAAAGCUCGAUCCAUGCUGCCCCUGAGUACGAACCUGGAUCACAGAUCCAAAGAGGAGCUUCAUCAUGACUGUUUGGUACUGGCGACCGCAAAGCAUUCCAAAGAGCCAAAUGAGGAUGUAUCUGCUGAUUUGGAGGAAAGAUUUCACCUGGGACUUUUCACAGACAGAGCUACCUUGUACAAAAUGAUUGAAAUUGAAGGAAAAGGUCACUUGGAAAAUGGCCACCCAGAGCUAUUUCACCAGCUCAUGCUAUGGAAGGGGGACCUAAAGGGAGUUCUCCAAACCGCAGCAGAACGAGGAGAACUGACAGACAAUCUUGUGGCUAUGGCACCAGCAGCUGGCUACCACGUGUGGCUGUGGGCUGUGGAAGCUUUUGCCAAACAACUAUGUUUUCAGGAUCAGUAUGUCAAGGCCGCCUCUCACCUACUUUCCAUCCACAAAGUGUAUGAAGCUGUGGAGCUGCUCAAGUCAAAUCAUUUUUACAGGGAAGCCAUUGCAGUUGCCAAGGCCCGGCUGCGCCCAGAGGACCCUGUCCUAAAGGACCUAUACCUCAGCUGGGGAACUAUCCUAGAAAGAGAUGGCCACUACGCUGUAGCAGCCAAAUGCUAUUUAGGGGCCACUUCUGCUUAUGAUGCUGCCAAAGUUUUGGCCAAAAAGGGAGAUGCAGCAUCACUUCGAACGGCUGCUGAGUUGGCUACAAUUGUAGGAGAGGAAGAGCUGUCUGCCUCCCUGGCUCUUAGAUGUGCCCAAGAGCUGCUUCUGACCAAGAACUGGGUGGAAGCCCAGGAAGCACUGCAGCUGCAUCAGAGUCUACAGGGUCAGAGACUGGUAUUUUGCCUUCUUGAGCUACUGUCCAGGCAUCUAGAGGAAAAGCAGCUUCCAGAGGGCAAAAGCUCCUCCGCUUCUUACCACACAUGGGCCGAAGUCACCGAAGGGCCAUUCGUGGAGAGGGUGACAACAAUAUGGAAGACCAUCUUCAGCCUUGACACUCAAGAGCAGUGUCAGGCAGCCUUUGAAAAGCUGCAAACCAUCAAAUACCCAUCUGCUACGAAUAACACUCCCUCCAAACAGCUCCUGCUUCACAUUUGCCAUGACUUGACCUUGGCAGUGCUGAGCCAACAGGUGGCUUCAUGGGAUGAGGCUGUGCAAGCACUGCUUCGGGCUGUAUCCCGGAGCUACGACUCGGGGAACUUCACCAUCAUGCAGGAGGUGUACUCCAUCUUUCUCCCUGAUGGCUGUGACUACCUACGAGACAAACUGGGUGACCUUCACUCCCCCACCACAGCAGCUUUCAAAAGUCUGGAGGCCUUCUUCCUUUAUGGGUGUCUAUAUGACAUCUGGUGGGCUCUCUCCAGGCCUUGCCCUCGCUCCAGUAUCUGGGUCAGGGCCUGUCACAGAAGGAUGCCCUCUGUUGAGCAAAGCCAAGAGGUGGAGAACGCCAGUGCUGAGGAAACAGACCCAGAAACUGCUUCUCAGGCAGAGCCAAGCAAGCCGCCGCAGCUCGACGUGAAACUCUCAGAAGCAAGUGAGCGAGUGCUGAGUGCUUGCAAGGAGCUCUUUUCCGAGAAGCAUGCCAGUCUCCAGGACUCACAGAGGACUGUUGCUGAAGUCCAAGAGACUCUGGCAGAAAUGAUCCGCCAGCACCAGAAGAGUCAACUCUGCAAAUCCACCGCGAACGGUCCCGACAAGGACGAACCUGAACAGGAAACAGAACCGUCCCUCUCCAGUCCUCAGAGCCAGUGUAAAGAAGAAAAAAAUGAGCCAGUUUCUCUGCCUGAAUUGACCAAAAGGCUUACAGAGGCAAAUGCAAGAAUAGCUAAGUUUCCUGAGAGUAUUAAGACCUGGCCCUUCCCAGAUGUGCUGGAGUGCUGCCUCGUCCUGCUUCACAUUGGGUCCCAGUGUCCUGGCCAUGUGACCCAGGAAGUACAGCAACAGGCCCAAGAGCUCCUUAAGAAAUACGGCAACACUAAAGCUUACAAAAGAUACUGCCAGACCUUCUGCACAUGAACUUUCAAGGACUUUGAAGAAUCAUGCCAAUUUUAAAAUGACUGACACCUUUCAACUCUGCAGUUACACCUCAGCAGACUCUGAUCUAAUACACGUGAGAAUGAAGUUUGAAUAGACUCUACCUACCAGAAUCUGACUUUGACCUCAACUGUGGUUUCCUACAAGAAAGAUCAGGAAAAGUCAGCAGGGAAUUACUCCAAACAUGCACCUGCAGAGUGACUGUUGGUCAUCCCUGAAGCCUUACGCCCGUUUCACCCAAAGAGAAGAAACUUUUGUAACCACCUGAAGUGUUAUGUUCUUAAAUACAAGCUACCUUUAUAAAUACUCCACAGCAUUAUAAACAUGUCAUUCUUGUUAGAGACAGAUUGCCACAUUUUAUGACUAUUGGCAUUUUUUUCAAUAUUUUUGUUAACUCAGUUUCUUCCUCCUCUACUAUUUCAAAUACUGAAGUUCGAACGUGAAAUAGGCCUUACCCAUCAUGUUGAUUCUUUACCAUCUGUCUGAACAACAGGUUGAAAAUUUGGUUUUGUUUCACUUAAUGUCUUACUUAGACAAAUUACUUACCAAAACUUUAGAACAAAUAACUAACUCAAACGUACUGUAUCCCUUGAGUUUUAUAACAAAAGAUUGAUGGUGAUCAAAUAGCUCAGGAAGAAAAUUCUGUGUAAGUGGAUUACAAAACUUUGUUCUCUCCUUUGGUUAUUAAAACAGCUGAACAGUGUUAGGACCUCAGGUUUCUGUAAUGUCCUAUUUGCAAAGACAGGACAACCACAAAGUCCGGCCUGGUGGUGAAAAGAGAGCCCUCCUUCCUGAUCGUUGAACUGUUUUCUUUUGCGAUUCACUUCAAAAGCCUUUCUGACUAGUUUAUUUUUCAAUUAAUUCCUAAAGUUGAGGUUCUCAUGGGUGGGGCAGCAAGCUUGAAAUUGAUCAGGAGUAACCCUUUCCAGGAAAGAAAAAGCUUACCAGGCAGGAAGCAGUUUUUAAAGACAUUUGGAUUUGCCAAGUGCUUAAAGAGUUUAGAAAAUGCUAAGUCCAGAGUAUUUAUCAGUAAGCAGUAUUUCCAAAAAAAAGGAAAGAUUGUAAAAUGAGAUCCUCAUGGUUCUUACACUGUUUAGUAAACUUCAGAAAGAGGCUCCUUGGUUGCAGAUGGAAACAAGCAUGGCCAAGUGGAGAACUGGGUACCAGAAUUCUAUAGUCUACAGACAUGAACUUCACUACAGGGAUGGUGAAAAAAAUGGUUCCCUUCCACUUGAGUAAAGAGCUAAAUGAGAAAUUCUAAACGCUCAUGAUUUACCAAAACCAUCACCUAUGGAUGGAGGAAUCCUACACAUUCCACAGUCACUGCUUCAGUAAGAACUAGAUGUACUAGUUCAAACUAAGCAAUAAAAGCAACCAACAGCAGAAAAGUAAGAGACAACUCAGUUUCCUCUUAAACUCCUCUCAUUUCCAGUACUGCAUCCAUACACUCGAGCUAUUACAAUUUGAAAAAAAAAAUAGUUUUCAUUUGCAUUUAUCUAAUUAUGAGAACCACAAAGAAUCAAAGUGGCAAGGCGUUGAUUUGAAGAGUCUGAGUGCAAAGGGAUGCAUUACUAAGCCUUUUUUUUCUUUUUUUUUUUUUUUUUUUGCUGAGGGGAGGGUGUCCUUUAUCGCCAUCCAAAGUAAUUUUAUAGUAUCUUUCCCCUAUCUCCAGUUACAAAACCACUUCUCCAUUAUCUGUGAAUGUACUGGCCUCCCAUUAAGUUCCUGAAUCCACUCUUAGUAACUAUCCAGUCUUCUCAACAAUGAAUAAGUUGCAAUCAGACUAUCAACUCCCUGCUAAAAGAUAAAAAUCUUGAAUGUGGUUUACAAAGUCCUGUCUGAUCCCAGCCUUUACCUCCUUGUCUCCUGUCAAGACACUCAUUCAUGGCUUCUAAUGUUCCAGCCACACUGGUCAUUUAGCUGCUACCAAGAUCUCUAGUUUAGGGGUUUGCCCAUAUUUGUUUGGGCUCACUCCUACUGACUUUUAAGACUUCAGCCUAAAUGUCCUUUCUCUAAAACACUAUUGCUGGACCUCAACCUCCAUGACAUCAGUGUCUUACACGUUCUAGUCCACAAAUUGUAUUUGUGUGAAUUAUUUACUGUCUGACAAUAUAGGCAGAUUGUAGACUUCAGUGAGGGUAGAGAUUAUGUCUUCUAUGUACUGUUUUAUCCCUAACACCCAUUCAAGUGUCUAAACUUAGUGGGUGCUUAAUGAAAAUUUGAAUAAACUAGGAAGUUGA